AGGCUGUAUUCCUUGUUAUGGUCGAGCAGCUGUAGACGGAGACAAUGGACAGCUUGUAAAUUUACGGUUUUUUCCCUUAAACUCGCGAAAAAGAUAAAUUAAUCCAUUCAGGACGAUGCUUUACGAGGGCAGGAACCUGAUUUCCGAAAAACCGGUCGUCGUUAUUGACAUCGGCAGGGCGUACACGAAAUGUGGAUUUGCAGGGGAGAGCGCUCCGAGGUGCAUCAUCCCUUCAGAAUUUAUAUGCAAGUCUACAGGGGCUACGAAAAAGGUUUUUGACUAUGAAACGAGGGACCAACUUUACCAAAAUUUUGUGGAGUUUGGUCACAUCCUCUUUUUUAAAUAUCUGCUGGUGACACCCAAAGAUCGAAAAGUGGUGAUCGUCGAGUCCCUUUUGAACCCAUCCCUUGAGAGAGACACCCUGGCACAAGUGCUCUUCUCCUAUUAUGAAUUGUCUUCAGUUUGCAUGGUGCCUAGUCACAUGGUGAGUCUUUACACCCUGGCAGUACCGACGGCAUUAGUCCUGGACAUAGGCUACAAGGAGGCAGUUCUGAUUCCCGUCGUGGAAAACACGCCAGUGCUCCACGCUUACCAAGCUCUUGCUCUAGCUGGAGAGGCAGUAGAACUGAAUCUGAGGAAGCUGCUUGAAUCGCAAUGCAAGGAAGAGGAGCAGUUCUAUCUGAAGGCAAAGCCUUUGCCAAAUAGCACAGUUGAAGAUAUAAAAGUUCGCGGCUGCUUUGUGACAAAGCUGGACCGUGCGCAGAUGAUCCAAGCGUCAGUCAAGGAGCCAUCAGUCUCAGCACCGACCCCUCCUCCUGAUCUUCCUUAUCCACUUGGAGGGGAUCGGAGCAUUACAAUCCCUGGCACAUCACGGGAGCUGGCCUAUGAGGUCCUUUUUGAAUUGGACAAUGACCUCAUGUCCAUUGCUACUAUGAUUUUGGACGCAAUACUCAAGUGUCCUCUUGACACACGAGUGUCCCUCGCCGAGAAUAUUCUCUUGAUCGGAGGCACUUCCAUGGCUCUGGGCCUCAAAGCCCGUUUGCAGCAAGAACUGUUAGACCUUUUAGUCACCCCGCAGUACAUUAAGAAGCUGGCUCUCAAGAAAUUUUGCUUCCACAACCCUCCAGCCAAGGAAAACUAUGUUGCAUGGUUGGGAGGUGCCAUCAUGGGAGCAACAAACAGCAUUGUCAAAAGAUCCGUCACGAGAGAAGACUACUUAAGAGUACCGAAAAUUCCAGAUUGGGCAGAUCUGUCAUUCAAUUGCAACGAUGGGGUGAAAAGGGGAUAAUAACUAAGCA